AGUCCACUUCGGUUUUUGUGAGAAGCUCCAAAAAUCUAUGAAAUGUGUUUGCAUGUUCUCCUCGGCAAGCGGGGAUGUGGAGGUGGGAUAGUGAACAGCGAAAGGUUGGAGGAGCCCACGCGCUCGUUUUCGGACAAAGUACAUUUUAACAGCGUCUCGCCUUCCUGCCUCACCAGGGAGCUCAUUUCAGCGGAAUGCACAAGACUCUUCCUCGGCGUGGAAUCAGUUCGGUUCGAUUCUUUCGUCUCUUUUUUUAAGCUGAAUCUCCGCAGCGGGAGCAAAGCCGGACCGCUCGGACGGAGCUGCCCUCCCCUCGCCUCGCCAGUGUGUUGGGACGAGGAUCAUGGUGAGUGCAUAGGGGCUCUGGGCUGAUCAGUGGUGGUUGCAGGUAUCAGCACUCCCACCCCUACAUCCCUUCUGUGUUGUUUUUCUCAGAAGAGGCCCACAGCUUCCCCUUCCCCUUUCUUUCUCUCUCACUCUCUCUCUCUCCCUCUCUCUCUCUCUCUCUCUCUCUCUCUCUCUCUCUCUCUCUCUCGUUUGUUGUUUUUGCCUGCUGUCUCUUUCUCGUCUUUUUUUCUGGCUGCCUCUCUGCCCCCUCUCCUUUCCCCGCGCUGGACCAUGUCUGGCAGUGGGGGGGCCACCCAGGGACCCCAGACUGCAGUGGACCUUCCUCCAAUGAGCCCCUCCUCCCCGUCCUCCAUGGUGGAGCGCCGCAACCGCAGCGGCAUCAUCAGUGAGCCGCUCAGCAAGAGCUUGAAACGCUCGCGCACACUGACGCCAGCCUCCGCUAACAACACAGACGCCAGCAGCCAUGGCGGCCAGGCAACAAAGCCAUCGUCAGACCCCAGCAUGAGCAGGCUGUCGGCGGGGAGCGUGAAACUAGACAGGGGGGCUCUGCUUUCGGGCCUGCUGGACUCACCCAGUGGCCUCCACCUGGCACAGGCAGCUGAGCUGCUGAGGUGCGCUGGCAUGCUGAUGCCCCUAGGGGGCACUGAUGCCAACAACAUACCCAUGGGCGGAGUCACGGGGGUGACCCCUAGCGACCUCGAAAGUGUGGCGGCGUCAACGGCGACGGACUCUGUGGUGGGCAGCCUGUCGGACUUCCCGUUGCUAAGCAACGGCUUCCCGCUCCACCCGGGCCUGUUCAUCAUGACGCCGGCCGGAGUGUUUUUGGCCGACGGGACGUUCCUUGGGGGCGGAGCCGGCAUGGCAGGGGCCGAACACCAUCAGCAGGCCCAAAGCGACCUGUCGGGCGUCACCAAUGGCAACAGCAAGAAGAAACGCAAGCGCUGCGGGAUCUGUGAACCCUGCAGGAGGCGGGUGAACUGCGAGCAGUGCAGCAGCUGCCGCAACCGCAAGACCGGCCACCAGAUCUGCAAAUUCCGCAAGUGUGAGGAGCUCAAGAAGAAACCAUCAGGGGCCGUGGAGGUGAUGCUGCCAACCGGUGCACCCUUCCGAUGGUUCCAGUAGGACUCACCCAAAGAACUGCCAAUCAAAUUGUAACCGGCCAAUGCUGUUUCAGAACCUGUAGGCCAUGCACACUGGUUGGACAAGCUAGUAAUAAAGUGAAUGAAUACUCAAGACUGCAAAUGGGAGGCGGCGUGGAGAGGAGGGACUCUCCUGAACCAAAAAUGAACUUCAAAUUUGAUGACCUGGAAGUCAUCUGGAACAUUCCUUGUUUUUCUACGUUCCGCAUUGGAAUCAUUAUGCGUUUUUCUCUCCAAAGACAAAAGGUUGUCUUUCGGAGAAUGUGGAGUUGUUCACACCCAGAUGAAGCGCAAAAUAAUAAGGACAAUCAGUUUAUUGUUUUUCUUUGAGCUUGUUUGUUUGUUUGUAUGUGUUUUUGUGUUUUUUGCUGUCCAGAUGUGACAAGAAGCAUACUUGCAUUAGAGAAUGUACAUUUACUGCUCUUUUUUUUAAGAAAAACAGAAAAGAAGAGAAAGACAAACGCCGGCUCAUUAUUACUAAUGACAAGAAGGCUCUGACCCAUGUUAGCUACAGUACUGUAUGUGAGUUCCAAAGGCUUCCCCAUGCUAGGGCUGCCAAUAGUACAGAGGGCUUCAGUUGAAUGACACAUCAUUUCAGUCUACAGCAAACAGACGCACACUCACACACACACCAACCGUUAUAUCUUUGUGGGGUUCUUGUGGGGCCCUUCCUAUCUUUGUGGGAGCCUUCCAUUCAUAUUAACCCUAGCAAUAGCUAAAGAGUGAUAAACUGUGCCCAAACCAAAACAAUCCAUAACCCUAACCUGUCAGAGAGGAAAUGUUUGUACUUUUACCAGUAACAACAAGACUACCCCAACAGGGGUCAAAACAUGUGGGCUCCAGGAUUUCGGCCCCACAUGGAGCGAGGGCCUCAGCAUGUGGGUGUGCUCCAAUAGCAGUGGCCUCACAAAGGUAGAUUGGUGCAGUGCACACACACACACACACACACACACACACACACACACACACACACACACACACACACACACACACACACACACACACACACACGCAUACACACACACACACACACACACACACACACACACACACACACACACACACACACACACACACACACACACACACACUCCCUUUCACACCAGCUAAAGUUUUGACAGAGGAGUACGCAAACAACAGUCUUUUGUUCCUGUAAUGAUGCGAGGUGUGUUGGGGGCCCUAGAGUGUUUGGAAGAGUACUUGUAAACACAAACCAACCAACUCCUAGAUGUUGUGGAUAGAGACUGGGCAUGGGUUGUGUGAAAUUACUUAUUGUCCGUGUGUGUGAGUGUGUGUGUGUG